GUGCGGGGCGCCCUCUCACCCCGCUCAGCUAUGCCAAGUAUGUGCGCGGCGGAGCCGGGGCCGGGCGUGCGGGGCCAGGCCGCCAUGGGGCAGCGCGGCCCGGGGCUGCUGCCGCCGCCGCCGCCGCGAAGGGGGGCCGCCGGCUCCCGCCGGCCGGGUGGCAGCGCCCGCUGAGGGCGGCGGGGAGGAGGCAGCACCGGCGGGAGGCAUGGCUGACCCGCUCCGCAGGACGCUCUCCAAGCUGCGGGGCAGGAGGUCCCAGCGAGGGGCGGCGGCGGGGGGCGCCGGGUACCGCCACGGCGGGGUCUGCGCCCCGCAGGGUUUAAUAGAAAAUGUUUACAUAGCUUCGAGAAGCAGGAAGGAGCCCAAGUUCCCCCAGGCCAGCGAGGUCCCCGAGCACAGGCCGCAGGUGAACAGCAUUACUGUGUCUAAGAAACGCAGCUGGCUGCAGCAGAGCACACACCGUCCUCCUCCUCCAGAAGAAGAAAACACCUGUAAGGAAACGCACAGGGCUGUUAUUCCGGUACCUAAAUCCCCCAUCCUGCUGCCCGAACCUGCAGUGCCGUGGGUUCCUUCCACGUCACCGGUGGGGUGGGAGCGCCCCACGCGAAGCUGCGCUCCUGUCGGUGCCCUGCCAAGCACCGCGAGCCCUGCUGCGCCGAGGAGUGCUGCUCCGGACCUCAGUGAGGAUAAUGAUGCAGAUGAUGAAGGAGAAAUAUGGUACAACCCGAUCCCUGAAGAUGAUGAGCCUGACUUGCCGAGGGUCCGCCCUUCUGCUGUGAAUAGCCCUGUUCCUGGGGGGUCCCCGGCGGUUUGGUACAAAACCCCUCCUGGGGGUGACUCGGGGAUGACCAUGGGUCCCCACGAGGGUCUGCCACGCUCCAUGGAGAGCGCGGGGGACAGUCGGAUGGCUCAGCCCAGCGAAGCGAGUCAGGCCGAUGCCGUGCAUCCUGGGGAGCAUGUGCAGCAGCACUGGCAGAGGUGUGCCUGCAAGGCUCCCAGCGUGCCAGCAGCAGAGGACAAUCCUGCCUUUAAGUGCACUUCAACAGGAUCUGGAGUUGUACUUGCACACAAGGCUGAUAUACCCUCAACAGAAGUUUCUCCUCCAAGUCCCAGCCCUCUGAAAAAAAGCGGAUCAAUCAAUUGGCCUUUCCCUGAUAGAAUUAAAUCUCCCAGGACUGUGAGGAAGCUUUCCAUGAAAAUGAAAAAGCUGCCAGAGCUGAGCAGGAAACUGAGUGUCAAGGGAACUUCAAGCCAUACUAGUUCAGAUAACCCUCCUUCCCUGCUGAAAGGUAGCUGCCGGGAUACAAGCCAUACAGUGUCUUUGCCAUCUUCUGGAAACUCAACCACAGCUGCCAGCAGGAAUGUGAUAAGCCGCUACCAUCUCGACAGCAGCGUGUCAUCACAACACACCUACAAAAAGAAAAGCUCGAGGAACUCCAGAUCCUUCAACAAAGGUGGUUACCUCAGUGAUGGUGACUCUCCUGAACUUAUAACAAAAUCAGGUAAACAUGGGCAUGAAACCAAGUGUGGGAAAGGAAAGGAGAACCUUCCAAGUAACAGUGGUAAGAGUGAAAUAGACAUCGAUGCUUUCAGACACUAUAACUUUUCUGACCAACCCAAGUGCUCUCAGUACAUCUCUGGACUCAUGAGCAUUCAUUUUUAUGGUGCUGAAGACUUAAAACCACCAAGAAUAGACUCAAAAGAAGUCUUUUGUGCAAUACAGGUUGACUCAGUAAACAAAGCAAGAACAGCCCUGCUUACAUGUAGGACAACAUUUCUAGAUAUGGACCACACGUUCAACAUAGAAAUUGAAAAUGCUCAGCACUUAAAGCUGGUGGUGUUCAGCUGGGAGCCCACCCCGCGGAAAAAUCGGGUGUGCUGUCAUGGAACCGUGGCUCUCCCCACUCUCUUCCGAGUGACAAAGACACAUCAGCUGGCUGUCAAAUUGGAACCGAGGGGACUUAUUUACGUCAAGCUCUCGCUCAUGGAGCAGUGGGAGAACUCUCUUGAUGGUCUCGAGGCAGAUCGGGAGCCUGUGAUAUUCGGGGUAGAUGCUCGAAAAGUUGUAGAGAAAGAAAAUGCAGGCUUGAUGGUGCCGCUUUUGAUGCAGAAAUGUAUUCUGGAGAUUGAAAAAAGAGGCUGUCAGGUGGUAGGCCUGUAUCGGCUAUGUGGCUCAGCAGCGGUUAAGAAAGAGCUUCGAGAAGCAUUUGAGAGGGACAGCAAGGCUGUUACUCUUUGUGAAAGCCAAUACCCAGAUAUUAAUGUCAUAACAGGUGUCCUAAAGGAUUACCUGCGAGAGCUACCCUCUCCCCUGAUAACCAAGCAGCUCUACGAAGCAGUGUUGGAUGCCAUGGUGAAAAAUCCCUUGAAAAUGACAGCAAGUGGUUGUGAAAAUGACCCGAGUGACUCUGAGCACACAGCAGCCCUUCUGGAUUGCCUGCCAGAUGUUGAGAAGGCUACCCUGAAGAUGCUGUUGGAUCACCUGAAACUGGUGGCUUCUUACCACGAAGUAAAUAAGAUGACGUGCCAGAAUUUAGCUGUAUGUUUUGGGCCCGUGUUACUGAGCCAGAGACAGGAGACCACCAACCAUAACAACAGAGUCUUCACAGACUCUGAAGAGCUUGCUAGCGCCCUGGACUUCAAAAAACACAUAGAGGUUCUUCACUACUUACUCCAGCUGUGGCCAGUGCAUCACUCGCUUGCCAAAGAACCCGCACAUCUGAAUGCAUUUCCUGAGCACCCAUCCUCCCUGAAUUACCUGAGGCCCAAGAGGCAGAGACCUCAGAUGCUGAAUCUGAGCGGUACCGAGAUGUCUGGGGUACUCAGACCAAGGCCAGCAGGUCUAGACAGCCCAUCGAGCAACCGCUACGCUGGAGACUGGAGUAGUUGUGGGGAGAACUACUUCUUAAACCCAAAAGACUGCCUGAGUGAAGCAGACUAUGAUGACGUCCCUUCGGAAGGCACAGAGAGCGGGGAUGACGGCAGCAAAGCCGAGGAGUCGGAUGCGCUGGUAGGACACCCGCAGCCCAUCCCCAGAGAGCACGCGUUCGAGAGCUAUUUGACGAUGCAAGCAAUAGACUCUGCGGUGGAUCACAGAGCAAACCUCAAAGACCUGCAGGAAAGUAUUGAUACUCUCAUAGGAAACCUGGAAAGGGAACUCAACAAAAACAAGCUCAAUAUGAGUUAUUAAAUCCCGUCUUGUGUGACGCCUCCUCCUAGUGCCUCCGUGCCCCUCACCGGGCUUCCCACAGCCGUGCGAGGAGUGAUGGUGCCCUUGAAUGCCUUGCGGUAAGGCCACGGCCCACGUGCGUUAACGAAUUUUAAGCCAUUCCGUUACACUUCUGCCUUUUUGUUAGAAGGUAUUGGUCUGAUUCUGGUGUUGGAGACAACCUUAAGAGACCGUGAGGUGAUUCCACAUAGUGGCAUUUCUCCCUAAAAAUAUGAUGCACUUAGGUGGUCUGGGCAAUACCUGGCAGAAGAUAAAGCGACAUCCCUGCUGUCGGCGGCAGCAGAACUCCUCGUUCCUGAAACCCUAGCACCGGUACAGAUGUUCCUCUCGGAAGAGGAUGAACGCUGCUUGGCCUGAGUUUUGCAGCAUGGACUUCAGAUAGACUUGUUUUACUAUAUAUGCAAUGGCUGCUAUGACAAAUGCUUUAUAUAUAUAUAAUAUUUAUAUAUAUAGUUUUAAUUGUACAAAUAUUAAUGUAUUCCUGUAUUAACACUUUUCAAUAAUUAUUUAAACAAGCAAAAUUUAAAUAUUUUUCUAACCUUGUUUGUAAAUACCUAUGUAUAAAUGUGCAUGUGUCUGUAGCCACCUUUGGAAAGGAGAAAUGUCUCAGAGAUCGGAAACGUCCCCGUUUCUAGGAAGAUGUGUUCAGGGGUGCCGGGAGGAAGUUACCCCUUGGGUAACACAGCCUUUGAUUUAUGCACAGAAACACUGCCAGAGAGAAGGCAGGGUCAAUGAUUAAUAUAAAUGACCCUGUGUGUUGCAGGGGCAUCGGUUCGCGGGUGCCGACUGUUAAAUCUCUCGCACACCCACCACCCUUUCUCUGUUUUUCUUUUUUUUCUUCUUUUUCUUUUUUGGGGUUCCCCCCCAUCAUGUCUUUUUCAUGUAUAAAGAAGAUCUGGAAAACAGUUACUUUUCAAAAAAUACUUCUGGUUUGUCCUUGUAGCCUGUUCCUUUAUUCUUGAUGUUUCAAUACUUUUUUUUUUCCUCUCCAGAGUUUCAUCUGUUUUUGUUCAGGUACGUAUGGCUGCUGGGAGUUAGAUGUGCUUGAGCCCUCUCUGAAGGGCUGUGGCGCUGGAGGCGCAAGGCUCUGCGCAAAGGCAGUUACUUUUUUCUCUUGAGUAUUAUUUUUUCCCCUCCAAUUAAUCUCCCAAAACCAGUAACCUGAGUUGUUACGUGAGGUUGAAUGGGUUGAGUGAUGUUACUCCUGGGGAGUUUGGGUGGGGUGGCAGUUCCCUGUCACCUUAUUAGACUCAGCUCUCACCAGCUUCUCAGGUCAUCUUUUGUCUUUAGUAAUUUAUGGUGAGCAAUUAAACAUUUCAUGUUAAGGAAACACAUUCUUGGUUUAAUUAAAAAUAGUUAACAAAACGCAUACAGAUGUUUUGAGAGUCCCUCUAACCCAAAGGGGAUCAGAGUCAUUCCUUGUCCUUCGCAGGUCGCCCCCAGUGAGGAAGGGGGGAUUUGGGCAGGUGGGGGCGAGAGGGUUACGUGUUUUGAGGGGUCAGACACUGUCAGCAGGGUAGAACUUAAUUCCCUUCACCUUUUUGGUACAAUGUUGGCACCUCGCCAUGGCUGUCCAUUCCCCCUGUGGGUAAGUGCUUUCCUGCUAACCCGUACUUCCUUAUAUUGCUUAAUUAAAGAGUUAUUUAUUUAUGGUAGCAAGGAGUUAAGAAUUGCUAUGGCAAACUUCACCCCUCUUUUCUAAGGAAUUAUUUUAGCAUGGUUUCAAAUGGUUUAUUCAAUCUCAUUAAUUUAUUUUUUCUAAGUGUUAAAAGAUGCGAAACAAUUAUUGCAAUAUAAUGAUAAUGUAUGAAAAUGUAAAUUUAACCUGAAGCAUUUAUCAACAAAUCGAUGUAUUUUUUUAAACUUUUAUACCUACAGAAUGUGCAUACUUUUUAAGCUAUAAAUUUAAAUUCUAAAUAAAAUUUGAAUUAAGGACAAAAUUUGA